AUGAAUAAAUACCUCGGAUUUACAAAUUAGGAUUACCAAAGAUAAAUAGAAGAAUGCUUUCAAGGUGUAUAAAACUAAAUUGAAGUAAAAGACUUAAUUUAUAAAUUUAAUAGUCUUCAUUCAAUAAUAUUGAUGCUUAUCUGGAUUCCCUUCUUAAUGAAACUUCUGAUUCUUUGAAUGUUUAAGAUCAAAAGUCUCUUGAAAAUUCAUAAUAUACAUCUUAAAUUAAUUGGCCUUAAUUUAAAUUGAAUGAUGCAAAAUUUGUUUCAUAACUCUCUUAAGACAUAUAACCAAUAAUCAAGACUAAAAUUAACAAUUAAUUAUUGCUCAAAGAAUAAUAACUUCAAAUUAAUAUCAGUUAAAAAUGUGAACAAUAGAUAAGAGAUAUUUAAAAAUCAAUGGAAUAGAAAUUAAUAGAUAAGGAAAUCUUAUUAGAACAAAAAAAUAAAGAAAUAGAAUGUUUAAAUAGUAAAUUAAAUAUAAAAGAAUAAUAAACUAUUUAAUCUACUCAUUCAAUAAAUCUCAAACCUUUCAAUUAUUAAAUAAUUCAACAAUCUUCAAUUUCAUAAAAUGAUUGGUGUUAUGCUAUAGCUUUUGAUAAUGAUUGUUCAACAUUGGUGGCUGGAUGUGAAUCAUAAAUUAAAGUAUAUGAAUUCAAAUAAGGAAUCAUCAAAGAAAUUUAAACUUUAAAUGAACAUUAGAGUAGAGUAUUUACUUUAAACUUCAUGAAGAAAUCGAAAUAGUUUAUAUCUGGAAGUGUAGAUAAAUCUAUUAGAAUAUGGAAAUAAAAUUAAAAUUAUUUAUGGAGUUCAUUAUAGAUAUUAAAUGGACAUAAUGGAGUAAUCAGUUGUUUAGUAUUAAAUAUAAAUGAAGAUCUAAUUAUAUCAGGGAGUCAUGAUAAUACUAUUAAAUUUUGGAUAAAGAAGAAUGAAUGGUUAUGUUAAUAAACAAUUACUGAUCAUUCUGAUUCUGUAUAUGGAUUGAGUUUGAAUUAAUAAUAAAAUAGAAUAGUAUCAUGUGGAGAUGAUAAAUUAAUAUUAAUAAUAGAAAAUUAAGGAUAGAAUACAGAAUGGAAAGUAAUACAAAAGAUUAAUAUUAAUAAUUAUGGAUUGAGAGUAUGCUUUAUUGAUAAUAAUAUGUUCACAUUGUCUCAAUAUAAUUAAGAAUAUAUAUCUGUCUUUGAAAUGAAUAAUAUCAAUAAAUAGUUUACGAAAACUAGAGAUAUUACUAUUAAGUGUGGAUCAGAUUGUAAUUGUUUAUUUCCUUAAUAAUACAUAAAUUAAAAAUGUAUUUUAUUAAGUAAGAAUGGUGAAUAUGUCAAUUUGAUAAGAAAAAAAUAAAAUGGAGAGUUUCUAACUGAAUAAUCUAUUCAUUUUGCAACUUAUUCUAUAUUUGGAGGAAUGAGUGAAGAUGGAUAGUAUUUGAUCACAUGGGAUAAAUAAUCAUGUUAAAUAUAAAUUAGGAAAUAUCAUGAAUUAUGA